AUGGCGAUGCCUGAUCAGCCCAACGACUCGCAGUUCCUGUACCAUCUCAGUCUGCUAAAGUUGGACACCAAGGACGAUCAAAAUGAUAUGUCUCUUACUCCAAUCUUCAAUGGACCGGCUCUGACCCACACGCCUAGACUCCGCUCAUCGCAGUAUGGGCUGCUGGGAGGAGCUAAAUAUGUCAACGUACCACAUACCUCUAUUACCGAAGAUAACCAACUCAAAGACGAUCGCCGGGUUUUCUUCAACGUUUCUUCGCCAUCCAGUACCUUCAUUUGUGGCUCUCAGGGCUCUGGCAAAAGCCAUACCUUGUCAUGUAUGCUUGAAGGCUGCUUGCUCCGUUCUGAGGCAGGCAGACUUGAAAACCCACUAACUGCUGUUGUUUUUCACUAUGACACUUUUAUCAGCGAUGAAGGCGGCUCCCCUUGCGAGGCAGCAUUUCUGGCAUCAAACCCCAACAUCAAAGUCCGAGUUCUAUGUGCUCCGACUAAUAUCCGAACUAUCCAGGCAACCUACGAGCGUCUGAACAUCGAGGUUGAGCCUUUACAGAUUGAUCAGGCUAACCUAAACACCAAACGUAUGAUGGACCUGAUGUCAGUUGGUCAGGAUGGCGGAUUGAUGCCCCUUUACAUGCGUACUGUUCAGCGAGUUCUGCGUGAAAUGCGUCUUGUACAACAGGAAAAUGGAACAAUCUUCGAUUACAGCGCCUUCAAGAACAGAGUUCUAAGCGCUGAUCUCAUGCCCUCUCAACUCGAGCCUUUGAAACAGCGACUGGAUACCCUUGAGAGUUUUAUGCCCUCGCACCAAACAACUCUUCAGAGCCAGAGGUCCAAAAAGACCUCGGUCAAUCAUCAGUCAGGCGGCUCUAGCUGGAAACCAAUACCUUCCCAACUGACUAUUGUGGACCUGUCCUGUCCUUGUAUCUCCGCCGAUACUGCCUGCUCCCUUUUCAACGUCUGCUUUGGGAUUUUCAUGGAUCAGAACACUAAAGUCGGAAGAAUCGUCGCCCUUGAUGAGGCUCAUAAGUAUAUGAGCAACUCCAUUGAAGCCGAAAACUUUACCAAUACCCUUCUGUCCACUGUUCGACUGCAACGCCACUUGGGGGUUCGUAUCAUGAUCUCAACCCAGGAGCCGACAAUUUCUAGUGCCCUGCUCAGCCUAUGCUCAGUCACGAUCGUCCACCGAUUUUCUUCUCCCGCAUGGUCUCGGGCACUACAAUGCCACAUAGCUGGUGCAGCCUUUGAUAAAAAAAUCCACAGAAAUGCGACCCGUGGUGAAGAGGACGAAGAAAGCAUUCGAAAGCCGAGUGAAAUGGCUAUAUUUGAUCAGAUUGUUAGCCUUCAGGUGGGCGAGGCUUUGCUUUUCUCUCCUAGUGCUAUCAUCGGGACUUCGGCCAAGGAUCCCGGCGCCUUUACAUUCUCUCGACUCGGUUCGGGGUAUGUGGUUCUCAAGGUUAGAGACCGCUUGACGGAAGAUGGCGGAAAAAGUAUUGUCUCACUUUAA